UGUUACUUUUUUCCCAACUUGAACAAGUCCAACAAGUGAAUUUCACAUUCCCGCAGAAACCUAAAGACGAGAAACAUAUGCAUAUCUGAAGUUUCCACUAAUUGAUGCGAGCAUUCACUUCGAAAUAGAUACCACCCGAUUUUCAUUGAGCUCAUUUGUCCGAAGACCUUUCCAGUUGAUCACCUUGAGAAAACACAAUUGACAGAUGACGAGAACCGGAGAUAUUUGCAUGGUGGGAAUCACUUGUGACUAUGGCAUCACACUCGCCAUGCGAUCGCACGAGUAUUCGUUGUACCAUUUGGGUGAUCACAUUUAUUGCUGUGCUCGCGCCCUCGCUGGAGACAUCUUUGCGGAGAUUAAAAUCAAAUUGGCAGCGCAAUACCUCAACCAAAACCUAAAGAUACCCAUAAAGAAAGCCCAGGAGCUGCUGUGGCAGUUAUAUCCGGACAUUACGACGGAUCCAGUGCUGCUCGCUGCCCAGGAGAACAACAGACAGUACCUAUAUGCCACACAACUGGAUGGAAGCUGUACCGAUAACAAUCAUGUCGCCGCCUCUGGCAGGGGCACUGCCAUAGCGGAGGCCAUGGAUUGGCUGGCCAAGAACUGGGAUAGAAAUCAAGACCUCAUGAUGUCUGAGGUGAUGGCACGAAAGGUACUACAAAAUUGGGACACAUUUCAAAAUACUUCCACGGAAGUGAUCGUUCUGUACAAGCGCAAGGAGGAUGCUGCCCUGGACACCGAUGACUCGAAGUAAAAGGGGAAGACAAGGCAAAAAAGGAAUAGGGGAAGUCAUGGCCAAA